CCUGGGAUCAUGGCCGGUCUAUAUAAAGCAGAGCUCUGCCUCCCAGCCGGUGCCACAGCUGAGCUCGCUGAGUCAGGUCCACCUCCAGCUCAAAGGAACCCGACUAGAGCCAGACUCCAGAAUCCAGACUCACUAUUUGGACUAGUCGGACUUGAAGCUGAAGAGAUGCAGGACAGAAGCAGAUUCGUCCAGAGCAGAGCAGCAGUGGCUCUGGGCUUUGUGCUGGUGGUGCUGACUCAGCAGGUGUGUGCAGGUCCGCUGGCCUCGCGGCUGCAGUCCGGCUCCGACCACAGUUCAGACUCGGUCGUCCACACGCUGAGGAGGGUCGCCCGGAUGACCCCCCUGUGGAGAAUCAUGAGCAGCAAACCGUUCGGAGCUUACUGCCAGAACAACUACGAGUGCUCCACUGGACUCUGCAGGGCGGGCUACUGCUCCACCAGCCACCGGGCCGCGUCCGAGCCGGUGAACUACUGACCGGACACCGGACACCGGACGUUCAGCCCCAGCGAGCAGACGAGAUCCAAACCCGAGUUCUGAGGACUGGAACUCAUCCAGGCUCUGUACUCGGACUUCUGUAUUUAUAUGUUCCAAUUUGUUUCUGAUGAAAUCUCAAAGUUUUUAUGGAUUCACACAACAAGCAGUUAAUUAAUGCUCCACCUAUAAUGAGAAAUAUCACUCGAGGGGUAAAGUUCAAUAUAAAAGUUUAUAAUUGAUAUUUUCCACGAUAGGAUCAGUGAGAAAGUUUUUUAAUAAGAGUCUUUUUAUACUUUUACUUCCAUGGAGCAAAGUCUUUAACUUUGUCCUCUGUCCUGCAAGUUACUGUGGCCUUGAACUCACCUCCAGAAAUCUACAUGAUCAUAGAAGCAAAACACAAAGAACAGACAGUUAUGACGUUUAUAUCAACAACCAGCCAGAAAAAAAAAAAGAAAACAAUGUGGAGCUUGUUUUUAUUUUGUGAAAUGUGCUUUGGCCCAAAAACUUUAUAUUUUCCCAUUUAACAAAGCAACCAAAAUGUAAAUCUGACUUUAAUAUCAGAUUUCUGACGCAGCGGGAGAACGGUCGACAGCCAGAGUUUUUAAUAAGAGGAAACAGAAAUAGGAAAAAGUAGAAGAGGUUACAAAAGUCUGCGGCCGAGCUCGAGCAGCCUGAACAUUUCAACAUCUUCAAGUUCUGUUUUAUUCUGUUGAAAGUUGUUUUUAAACUAAAGUUUGUUCAGGUGCAAAUGAAUCUGCCGAGUACGAAUUCACUUCAAUUACAAAAACAUGAUUUAAAACAAAUGGAGGAAACGUACACGUCAUAUCUGCCGUGUAUACCCAAAAUAUACUUUAUAUAGUAUUUCCUUUCAGAUAUAUUGAUAAUUAAUGUCUUGUUUAAGAAUAAUAAAUAAACCCAAAAUUUGCUCAGACAUUUUUCCCAGUUUCAGACCACCCUGGUCUAUUGGGACCAGUUCCCUGAAGACGAGCUGCACAGCCUCGGGGGUUUUAUUUUCAGAUUUUGCUUCGACUCACCUGCAUCGUUUACGUCAUGCACAGAGCGGGGGGUUGCUGAUAUUUUUGUACACUCAGCAUGUUUGAGAAAUGUUUGAGUAGGAUUGCACUUUUAAACCGAAAAAUUAUCUUUGUACUGUGUACUGUGCGUACUGUGUGUACUGUGUGUACUGUGUUAGCUGCCUGUGGAGCGUCAGAGGAGGAGGAGGGGGAAUAAAAGCAUUGGAAAAUAACAA